UGCACUUUUUUGUUGGGAAUGAACCGUAAAUAGAAUGAUAAAAUUAGAUUUCUCCCCUUCUUGAACAUUCGAGCUUGUUCUUGGUUUCUAGACAAAAAAAUUUAAAAAGCUUUCAGUGAGUGCGCUCCACGUUUAGUAUUAUCUUACGCGCUAUACAAGAAACUUUGGAAUUACUACAGGUGAAGUACCAAUAACGGAAAAUGACUAAUGAUAGUCCAACCUCGCAGCUUAAAGAGGCUGGAAAUCAGGCGUUUGCAGAGGGAGAUUGGGAUAAGGCCUUAUCGUUCUACACACAAGCUCUUAAUUUGAUAGAACUAGAUACCCCAGAGAAAUCUAUCCUCUACAAAAAUAAAGCAGCUGUUUACCUAAAAGUGUCUGACUAUGAAGCUGCCAUUAAAGACUGUACAACCUCUCUAGAAAUCUGCCCCAAUGAUCCCAAAGCCUUGUUCCGUAGGUGCCAAGCUUAUGAAGCCUUAGAAAAGUUUGAAGAAGCUUACAAAGAUGCCAGACAAGUUCAUAAUUUGGACAAAAACAAUAAAGCCAUAGCCCCAGUUCUGAAAAGGCUCCAUGAUAUUGUCCAAGAUAGGAUGGCUCGGUUUGCUCAAACUACUACAAAAGUUACCCAAAUGAUGGAAAUCGCAUUCGACUUGUCCACGACGGUCGAAAAGCGGGAAACGGCGACUUCCAAUCUUCUAGUGCUCGCCAAAGAAAGUGCCGGAGCUGAUUUAUUGGUCAAGGAAGGAAUAUUUGAAAAUAUUAAUUCCCUGUUGAAAAAGGAAACCACUCCAAGUAUUGUAGUGUCUUGUAUUCGCAUCGUCAGUGCAUUGUGCAAAGGAAAUUUGCCUAGGGCUAAAAUGAUUCUUCAAUUGCUUGGAGUUCCUUGGCUCCUUGAUCAAUUAAAUUCAAAUAAUGAUGACCAAGUUAGUGCAGCUCAAUAUUGUUGCCAAACAGUGAUCAAUACCAUUUCAGGUCUAGAUUUGAAAGAUGAUAAACAACCCGAUAAGGCGCUGUGUGAAGCAAACCGCAAGGAAAUCGACACCAUUUUAACGUGCCUGAUUUACUGUUCUACUAGCCGCACUAUUACUGGAAAAUGCCGAGAUGCUGUGCUCGAAUUAAUGAUGAGAAAUUGCGAAUACCGUGCCCUAGACUGGGCUGAGCGCCUGGUUGAUAUCAACGGUUUGCAACGAAUGAUGCAAAUAGCCAGUGAACUGGAGGAAAUGAAGUAUGAAUCAUCGAUGGAAAUUACAGAAAAUACGCGAACCAUUAUCUCUUGUGCCCUGGGCAAAGUCUAUGACAACAUGUACUAUGAUUUGAUCAAAGAGCGCUUCAGUGCAAAGAUUGAAGACUUUAUCCACGAACAACUACAAACUCCGGGCAUGGAGAGCAAAGUUCGGGUAGUGGUGGCAGUCACAACUCUGCUAUUAGGACCGCUUGAUGUUGGCAGUUCUAUUAUAGGCAAGGAAGGUGUUUUAGAAAUGAUUCUCGUCAUGGCCAACAGUGGCGACUUUCUUAUGCAGCGAGUUUCGUGCGAGGCCCUGAUCGCUGCCGCAUCUAAAAAGGAUAAAGCCUCAGCUAUUCUAGCCCAAGGUGUCACGAUUCUCAAGAAACUCUACCAGAUUGGGAAUGACAAUAUCAAGGUAAGAGCUUUGGUUGGCUUGUGCAAAUUGGGAAGUUGCGGAGGCACUGACUCCUCUUGGAAGCCUUUCACUGACGGUUCCACCAUGAAGUUGGCUGAAGCUUGUCGCAGGUUUUUGAUUAACCCAGCCAAGGACAAAGACAUGCGCAAGUGGGCUAUUGAAGGCCUCUCCUAUUUAACAUUAGAUGCCGAAGUUAAGGAGAAACUCAUUGAGGACAAGGAAGCUCUUCAGUCACUUAUUGAAGUGGCAAAGUCGGGAGAUUUUUCAGUUAUUUAUGGAGUCGUCUCGACUUUGGUGAAUCUUUGCAAUGCGUACGACAAACAAGAAAUCAUCCCCGAGAUGCUCGAAUUAGCAAAAUUCGCCAAACGGCAUGUUCCGGAACAACACGAAUUGGACGAUCCCGAUUUCGUUCAUAAACGCGUUGAUAUUUUAGGGAAGGCUGGCGUUACUGUCGGUCUAGUUUCCUUAUGCAAAACAGAGAGCGAAAAUUGCAAGGAAUUGAUUGCAAGGGUAUUCAACGCCAUUUGCGAACAUCAAAAUUUGCGCGGCAUUGUCGUCCAGCAGGGCGGAGCCAAGGCUCUAAUCCCUUUGGCACUCGAAGGGACAGCUAAAGGCAAAUAUCAAGCGAGUCAGGCAUUAGCACGGAUCGGCAUUACCAUCAACCCUGAAGUGGCAUUCCCUGGACAGAGAAUGUGUGAAUUGAUCCGACCACUCCUCGGGCUUCUAGAUCUCGAAUGCAAUGCCUUGGAAAAUUUUGAAGCUUUGAUGGCCCUUUGUAACUUGGCUGGAUUCGAGGCGCCGAGGAAAAGGAUCAUCAAAGAGAACGGUGUUAGCAAAAUUGAAAAUUACAUGUACGAAAAUCACGAAAUGUUGCAAAAGGCGGCGGUACAAGCGAUGAGCAAUUUGCUCUUUAGCGAAGAAGUCGUGAAAUUGUUCGAAGGCAAAAACGACCGCACGAAAUACAUGAUCUUACUUUCCACAUCGGAAGACAUCGAAAUGUCUAAAGCCGCAGCGGGAGCAUUAGCCAUUCUGACGUCCGUCAGCAAACGGGCGUCGCGCAAAGUUUUCGAGGCUUUGGAAUGGAAAGAGAUUUUAUGCUUUUUACUGAGCAACACAGACAAAGACGUGCAAUACCGGGGGGCUGUCAUUGUGAAAAACAUUGCCAGUCACUCGAAAGAACUGGCAGAGAAAUUGCUCGUACCUGAAGUGCUUAUGGUAUUAGACGUUCUCUCCAAAUUCGAAACACCUGAGAUGGCAAAAGUAACCGAAUGCGUCAAAGCAACCCUACAGCUGGCCGAGCAAUGGAAACUUGUCGAGAAGGAAGACGAGUCAGAAGAUGAGCUCUAAAAUGCAAUUGAACAAAAUUAAAUAAAGCCGAUUCAAAAUAUGUUGUGCCUUUGCAAAUCCAUUUCGUUAAAGUAAAAUACACUUUAUACGUCA